AUGGGAGCAAUGAAAACUGCACUAGAUGUAACCAUUUCUAUCUGCAAAAAUUUGAGACCAGUAGUUGCGACGGCUUGGCAAUAUGCAAAAGUUGAAAUGGUACCUCCAAUGACUUCUCAAAUGUUUCAAGGAUCUCUCGGAAAAUCUAUUGAAACUACAGUAGGCGGUGCUGCUGAUAAGUUUAUUGGUGGGCUCGAACAAAAAUUAAACGAUAUAGAAGCUGCACGAAUAAACGCUAUUAAACAAAAAGAAGCUGCAUUGAAAGCCGCUGCAGAAAAAAUUAAAGCUGCAGCAUUAAAGAAAGCUGAGGAAGAAAAACGGCUUGAAGCUGCAAAGGCAAAUGCAGCUGCAAAACAAGCAAAAGAGGCAAAACAAGCAAAAGAGGCAAAACAAGCAAAAGAUACAAAACAAGCAAAACAAGCUAAAGAGGCAGCACAACCUGCUAAGAAAUCCGAUUCACCUAAAAAAGAAACUAAAUCUGAAGUCAAAGCUAAAAAAGGUACUACAAAGUCGCAAAAACGUGUUCCACCGAAAACUAAGAAGAAGGCAAAAAGGACAAGGCGUAAAGUCAAAAGAGGAUCACCCCCUAAAGCUAAAAAAUAA